ACAUGAAAAUUCUCGGUUUCUCGAAUAUAAAUGAAAUUAUUCAUUUUUCUGCGGUUGGAGUCUUGUGUCUAAGUAAUGGAAUUGCUGCUGGAGUUUGUGGUAGCGUACCUGUCUUACAAAUCGUACUUACUGUGCAUAGUAUCUUUGGAGUCUUUGUAUUUGGUGUCAUGUCGAUUGCCGUAGGAAGACGCACAUUCUGCCCCGGAGAUCCUGACAACCUUCUUGACACGCGUUGCUACCAAACAAUUAGAAUUCUACUAAUUCUUUAUGCGGCUUUUACCUUUAUAUUCGGUUUCUUUCUAUUUUUGGGAGUUAAAACAGGAUAUGGCCUGACCCCAUGUUGGAAUUACACACUAGCAAUGUUGAUAAUAAGCACAAUUUUCAUUCUUGUGGAUUUUUUCUACUUAUUGUACAGAAGUAUAAGACACGGUUGCUUUCCAGCAAAUGAUCCUAACCAAGCAACGGGUCAGCAGGUGAACUGGGCGAAUCAAGGUGUGUCAGUAAUUCUGUCACAAAAAGGAAUGCCUGAUCAAUUACCCUACCCACCACAGUCAAGAAAUACUGAACUACCGAUGUCUGAUAUUCCUAAAGCUCCCAAUGCUACCAUUAAUUAUCAGAAAUAAUUGAUUGAAUAUUUGCAAAAGUUGCUAUCUAGUAAGAUGGUAAUUGUAAAAGAAGCAUUUUAUACUGUCAAA